GGGGCGGGCUCAGGCCGGAACUCCAGAGGCGACCUCAGCCAACUGCUCCUGCGCCGGGCGGGGCGGUCGCCGCCAGCGGCUCAGAGCGCCGGAAGGGCCGGGUCUCAGGACUCCUGGAGCUGCAGGCGGCGGGAGGGGCUACAAAUGCUUGACUCAGUGAUGCAGAACCUUUCAGAGUUAGCUGGAAGCCACAGCCCUGCCUCUUGAUGCAGCCUGGAUCCAGCCGGUGUGAAGAGGAGACCCCUUCCCUCUUGUGGGGUUUGGAUCCUGUGUUUCUAGCCUUUGCAAAACUCUACAUCAGGGAUAUCCUGGACAUGAAGGAGUCCCGCCAGGUGCCAGGUAUAUUUUUGUACAAUGGACAUCCAAUAAAACAGGUAGAUGUCUUGGGAACUGUCAUUGGAGUGAGAGAAAGAGAUGCUUUCUACAGUUAUGGAGUGGAUGACAGCACUGGAGUUAUAAACUGCAUCUGCUGGAAAAAGUUGAAUACUGAGUCUGUAUCAGCUGCUCCAAGUGCAGCAAGAGAGCUCAGCUUAACCUCACAACUUAAGAAGCUACAAGAAACCAUUGAGCAGAGAACAAAGAUAGAGAUUGGGGACACAAUCCGAGUCAGAGGCAGUAUCCGCACGUACAGAGAAGAGCGAGAGAUUCAUGCCACCGCUUACUAUAAAGUGGACGACCCAGUGUGGAACAUUCAAAUUGCAAGGAUGCUUGAGCUUCCCACUAUCUACAGGAAAGUUUAUGACCAGCCUUUUCGCAGCUCAGCCCUAGAGAAAGAAGAGGCACUAAGCAAUCCAGGCGCCCUGGAUCUCCCCAGUCUCACGAGUUUGCUGAGUGAAAAAGCCAAAGAAUUCCUCAUGGAGAACAGAGUGCAGAGCUUUUACCAGCAGGAGCUGGAAAUGGUGGAGUCUUUGCUGUCCCUUGCCAAUCAGCCUGUGAUUCACAGUGCCUGCUCCGACCAAGUGAAUUUUAAGAAGGACACCACUUCCAAGGCAAUUCAUAGUAUAUUUAAGAAUGCUAUACAACUGCUGCAGGAAAAAGGACUUGUUUUCCAGAAAGAUGAUGGUUUCGAUAACCUAUACUAUGUAACCAGAGAAGACAAAGACCUGCACAGAAAGAUCCACCGGAUCAUUCAGCAGGACUGCCAGAAACCAAAUCACAUGGAGAAGGGCUGUCACUUCCUGCACAUCUUGGCCUGCGCUCGCCUGAGCAUCCGCCCGGGCCUGAGUGAGGCUGUGCUGCAGCAAGUUCUGGAGCUCCUGGAGGACCAGAGUGACAUUGUCAGCACAAUGGAGCACUACUACACAGCGUUCUGAGCAGAGACACGCAGACCAGCUGAGGAGGACAAAGAUAAGGCUCCAAGAGUAUUUCACCCGUUUACCAGAGAAAAUGGCCUCCGGAGACUGCAACGUGAGAGAACUGGAAUUUCAGACAGACAUUGAAUGCAUGUGGCUUAAAAGACAAAGAAGCACCAAGUGAAAAGUAGUCGAAAUCAUAUUCCUUCAGGGAAUGAAUUUUCUUGGAUCUGUGUUCAUCCUUUAUGGCUUUAUUAGUCAUUGCGAAAGCCCUUUUGGGGUUGCAAAGCUGCCAGCGGGGUGCUCUUCCUGGAGGAUUACCUUGAGCAACAAGCCCCCAAAGGCAGCCCAGGUGAGCAUGUCAGCAGGGAGGCUGUCCUGGCAACACGGCUGUCCAAGGGGAGAGGCCAACCCCCUACCCCUGAGGUUUGAGGCCAGAGGAAAAGAACCAACCUGGAGAUUCUGCAAUUCUAUUUUCUCUUAAGGUUGCUUUGGCUGUUUAGGGUUUUUCAUGAAGGACAGAAACAGGUCCAUUCAUUGAAGGCAGAAAGAAGUUUUUACUGCCCCUGCACUUGACAAUAUUUAAUUACAUUUGCCACUUGAAUCAGAGUUGAAAAUAUCUUCCUUUUUUUCUGUUUGAGAGUCUUGCUGUGCAUCCCCCAGGCUGGCUGGAGUGCAGUGGCAUGAUCUCGGCUCACUGCAACCUCCGCCUCCUGGCUCCUGGGUUCAAGCUAUUCUCCUGCCUCACCCUCCUGAGUAGCUAGGACUACAGGAGCACACCACCAUGUCCAGCUAGUUUUUGUAGAAAUGGGGUUUCAUCAUGUUGGCCAGGCUGGUCUCAAACUACUGACCUCAAGUGAUCUGCCCACCUCAGCCUCCCAAAGUGCUGGGAUUAUAGGCAUGAGCCACCACACCCAGCUGAAAAUAUCUUCCCUUUGAGACUUGAUGGCCAGCUGUUGAUUUCAUACUGGCGUGGCCUCAGACAAUCUAUGAUGUAAGAAAGAUAGUUAAAGUAAAAUCAACCCAGUAUUAAUUACUUAAUAAUAACUAAUGAACAGUUAUGCACCAAUAACUCAGCAAAUUUAAAUCUACACAUAAGCCAAACUGAGUAGAUACUAUCGUCAUUCCCAAUUUACAGGUGAAGAAAUAGAAGCUGAGAAACUAACUUUCCCAGGGGCAUAUAUUUAGUAAACUGGAAAACCCAGGCUUCUACCCCGUGAGUUCAACCACUAGGCUUUAAUUGCUUUCAGGAUCAGAGAAGUCUGUUCUCUGGUAGCUUUAAACUAUGAACCCAAUACAAAGUGUCUUCAAAUUGGGUUGAUAUAUAAAUGUUAUUUUUGCCACAGUUGAGGCUGCACCGAGGACACACUUCUGGUGAUGAAUGGCAUAUGAGGGCGCUGGGCUGAGUGGGUGGGGUGACAUCACAUCACACCCAUGACAGAGGGAGCAGGUAUUUACUGAAGACGCGGGAGCCCUGGGUCAGGGCAGUAAGCAUUCCUACAUAAACAAAUGUGCAGUCCUACAGGGAGACCAAGAGAAUGAUGCAGUAGCCUCUGAGGAGUUUUAUUUGGUUCAUACAGUGUUGGUCUUCCCAGGCUUUAUUUUUUUAAUAUUUAAAAAAUAGUUGAUUUUAAUUAUGAAAUAUUUCAAAUACACAGAAAAUAAUAAAGCAGAUACCUAGUAUCACUGAGAUGAAACAGCUGUUAAUAUUUUCCCCUGGCUGGGCGAGGUGGCUCACACCUGUAAUCCCAGCACUUUGGGAGGCCAAAGCAGGAGGAUUGCUGGAGCCCAGGAGUUUGAGACCAACAUGGGCAACAUAGUGAUAACUCAUCUUUACUAAAAAUUUAAAAAAAUAGCCAGGCGUGGUGGCAUGGUCCUGUAGUCCCAGCUACUUGGGAGGCUGAGGUGGGAGGAUCACUUGAGCCUGGGAGGUCAAGGCUGUAGUGAGCUAUAACUGUGCCACUGCACUCCAGCCUGUGCAACAGAGCAAGACCCUGUCUCAAAAAAAAAAAAAAGAAAGAAAGAAAUCCCCCUAUAUGCUUCAGCCCACUAUCUCUUUGAAGAAACAUGUUAGAAAUACACAUAAGGCCAACCCUGUUCCUUUCCUGUCUCUGCCCCCAGAGGUAAUAACUAUCAUGUGUAUCAUUCCCAUGCAGAUAUUUUUUCUUUUUUAUUGUGGCAUAACUUACAAGUGGUAAGUUGUACAAAUUUUAAUGAUACAGUUUGAUGAAUUUUUGCUUAUGCUAUACCUGGAUGAUGAAUUUUUAUAUGUGUAUACACCUAAAACAAAGUAGAGGUCAAGAUAUUGAACAUGUCCAGCACCACCUCAGAGAGCUCCUUUGCUUCACAUUAUUUCAAAAAUAAGCAGAUGGCGGUGCCAACAUUUGAAAGUUUUAACAUGUGGAGAUUUAAUAUAAAAAUUCAAAUUUCUGGCUUCAAGUGAAGUUUUGGAAAAUACGACCACAUUAAGCUCACAUUCUAGCAUGGGGACAGAGUGGCAACUGCCCACUGUAGACACAGCAUGAGUGCCCCAAUUUGCCUAUUAUGCCGGCCACACCCUGUGGGUAUAUCCAGCCCAUUGCAUUCACUUACAGAACCUGAAAGGUGCCACUCUAUUUGUAAAAUUUCAAAAGUGCCGCAAAUAGAAAUGUAGAGAACAAUUACCUUAGCUAUCUUUAGGAAGGCAGAGUUUGAGAAAAAGUGUCCUCCUCCCCACCUGCUAAUGACUUAGGAAGCUGCUGACAAUGUCAUAAAAUAAAAAGGAAUCAGAUUCUCUAGGUCCAUGCUACUUAGAGUGUGGUCCUCGAAUCAGCAGCAUCAGCAGCAUCCAGGAGCUUGUUAGAAAUGCAGAAAGCUCCGUGCCUUCCCACACACAUGUAUGAGUUUGCUAGGGCUGCCGUAACUAAGUAUCACACACUGGGUGGCUUACACAACAGAAAGGUAUUUUCUCACAGUUCUGGAGGCCAGAAGUCCAAGAUCAAGAUGUCAGCAGGGUUUGUUUCUUCUGAGGCCUCUCUCCUGGGCUUGUAGAUGGCUACCUUCUCCCUGUGUCUUCACAUGGUCUUCCCUCUGUAUCUGUCCUCAUCUCCUCUUUUUUUGUUUUUUGAGAUGGAGUCUGGCUCUUGUCACUCAGGCUGAAGUGCAGUGGCGCGAUCUCAGCUCACUGCAACCUCUGCCUCCCGGGUUCAAACGAUUCUCCUGCCUCAGCCUCCUGAGUAGCUGGGAUUACAGGUGCCCGCCACCACACCCGGCUAAUUUUUGUACUUUUAGUAGAGAUAGGGUUUCGUCAUGUUGGCCAGGCUGGUCUUGAACUCCUGACCUCAGGUGAUCCACCCGCCUCGGCCUCCCAAAAUGCUGGGAUUACAGCUGUGAGCCACCACGCCCAGCCUCAUCUCCUAUUCUUAUAAGCACACCAGUCCUAUUGGAUUAGGACCCACUCUUAUGACCUCAUUUAACCUUAAUUACCUCUUUAAGGAUCCUGUCUCCAAAUACAGUCACAUUAUGAGGUGGGGGAUUAUGAUUUCAACAUAUGAAUUUUGAGGGGCAUGACCAGGCACGGUGGCUCAUGUCUGAAAUCCCAGCACUUUGGGAGGCCAAGGCGGGCAGAUCGCUUGAGCUCAGGAGGUCAAGACCAGCCUGGGCAACAUGGCAAAACCCCAUCUUUACAAAAAUACAAAAAAUUAACUGGGCAUGGUGGCGUGCAUCUAUGGUCCCAGCUACUCAGGAGGCUGAGGUGGCAGAAUUGCUUGAGCCCAGGAGGUGGAGGCUGCAGUGAGCCGAGAUCCUGCCACUGCACUCCAGCCUGGGUAACAGAGCCAGAUCCUGUCUCAAAAAAAAAAAAGAAAAAGAAAAAUGAGGGGUAAACAGAGUUUGGCCCAUGACACCUACUAUAUCAGGAUUUAUAUUUUAACAAGACCCCCAAGGGACUUGUGUGCACAUUAAAGUUGGAGAAGGGCCGGGCACUGUGGCUUAUGCCUGGAAUCCCAGUACUUUGGGAGGCCAAGACAGAAGGAUCACUUGAUCCCAGAAGUUCAAGACCAGCCUGGGCAACAUAGUGAGACCCCAUUUCUAAAAGAAAAAAAAAAUUAGCUAUGUGUAGUCGUGCAUGCCUGUGGUCCCAGCUACUCAGGAGACUGAGGCAGGAUAAUCACUUGAGCCCAGGAAGCCGAGGCUACAGCGCACCGAGAUCGUACCACGGCACUCCAGCCUAGGUGAAAGAGGAAGACCCUGUCUCAAAAAAUGAACAAACAAAAAGUUGGAGAAGCUUGGUCCAGGUCUGCUCCCUGGUGAAUAAAACACUAGUGGGUCCGACUAGGGAUGGGGAGGAGAGAAAGGAGAGGCUGCAAUGAUUUAUUUAGAUGAACUUUCUCUCCAAUCCAUAGGUCUGAGAGGGUGGAAAUACUGGGAAACUUGAGGCCAAUUUCCUCCUGAGUGGGAGUCCCUGCUUCUUGUUGCGGAGCAGGGACCCUCUGCACUUUGGGGCAUGUGAGCGGGUUAACAGGUACAGAUUGAUGAACCAAGUGGAUAUGAAUCAGCCCAUAGGAGCUAAGAGGAGCCUCCUUCUGAAAAUAGGUUGGAAUGCUGGAAAUGUGGCAGCUUUUAGCAAAAAGCUCAUUUUUACCUAAUCACCAUCUGUAGAUUUCCUCUUUUAAGGUGCAAAGCAAGUCUCUUGGAUUUCCUGGAAUGGGGUUCAGGAAGAUACUACCCUGCAUUCCUCUUCACUCUUCACAAGCCCAUUUUCCACCUCUGUCAUAGGCCUGAUGCUAUGGCGACAGUUGCCAUAGAGAUACUCCUAUGCCUGGUUCAUGCUAAUCCAUACCCAUAAUGGUCAAUCAUAUGGUUUAAACUAGAGAUUUUCAAGCCGUGUCUCAUAAAACUGUAAGGUGCUUCCAGGGUUUCACAAACAUUUUAUUCAAAUAGCAAUUAAAUAUAUGUGUCUUGAUGUGUUGCCCAGGCUGGAAUGCAGUGGCUAUUCACAAGCACUAACAUAGCACACUAUAGCCUUGUACUCUGGGGCUCAAGCAAUCCUCCUACCCCAACCUCCCAAGUAGCCAGGGACUACAGGUGUGUGCCACCAUGCCCAGUACAACUAAAAACAUUUUAAAUUUAUUUUUAAAUGACAAAGAAUGUAAACAACAUCAAACCAUAUUUAAUAUAGUAUUUGAACUAAAAUGUGAAUACCCAAAUUUUGGUCUAACAGGGUAGAGUGAUUUGUAGAAGGCUAACCCCUCCUACAGAUCAUAAUUACAAACUCUGGACAAGGUGAAAAUAAAAACCUGUUUGAUGCCACUGGACAACGACCAGACUAAAGGAAGGGGACUUGUUCCUUGAAAGAAGGAAGACACUCUGGGUGAGAUCUACACUUGUAUGACUUUCCCCUAAGGGCAGCCAUUCUUGAACUUUAGUGUUUAUUAGAAUCCAAGAGGAAGAUAACAGAAUCCAGUCUCUACAACAUAUCAUUUACAAUGUUCACUAUAUAAAAAUUAUUAGAUAUGUGAAGAAAGAAAUGUGACCCAUAAUCAAGAGAUAUACUAGUCAAUAGAAACAGACUCACAGACAACUCAGAUGUCAGAACUGGCAGAGAAGGGCUUUAAAAUACCUUUGAUAAAUGUGUUAAAGAGUCUUUGGGAAAGAUACAUAUACUGGGUAAAGAGAUGGGAAAUUUAGAAGAGAUCAGGAAACUGUAAAAAAGAACUAUAUGGAAAUCCUAGAACUGAAAAACAUACUAUCUGAAAAGUGAAUCUCCUGCUUCACAUCCUCACUGCCAUUCCAACCUUCUGCCCUGGAGUUAAACAUCUAUAGUAGUCUUUGGUUAUAAAUGAUAAAGAUCUUACUCUAGCUUAUGCCAAGGUGGUCAGGUAUAGGAGAGAAUACCUAAUGAAACUGUGGGGAGGGACAGAGUGGCACUGGUUUAGGGUCAGUUGGCCCUAGGAAUCCAAAUGCUGGGAAGAUGCUCUUGUUUCUCUCUUCCUGCCUCUGAGAUUUGGCUGUAUCCUCUCUCACUGUGAACAUUAUCCUCUGUGUGGUCAGAGAGAUGGCUGGGGUCACCUCUGGGCUCAUAGCUUCACAGCUCUGAGAGGAAAGAGGUUCUCUUCCCACAGCACCAGUUAGAAAAGUCACAAGGAGGGUGUCUGAUUAGUCCAGUAUGUGUUAUAUUCUCUCUAUGGACCAAUCACAAUUGCCAGGGGUGGGAGUAUUAUUACUAUUAUUAUUGUUAUUUGAGGCAGGGUCUCACUCUGUCACCCAGGCUGGAGUGCGGUGGCAUGAUCUUGGCUCACGGCAAUGUCCACCUCCUGGACUCAAGUGAUCCUCCCACCUCAGUCUCCCAAGUAGCUGGGACCACAGGCGCACACCACUGUGCCUGGAUAAUUUUUGUAUUUUGUGUGUGUGUGUGUGUGGAGACAGGGUUUCAACGUGUUGCCCAGGCUGGUCUGGAACUCUUGGGCUCAAGCAAUUCACCUGCCUCGGCCUCCCAAAAUGAGCCACUGUGUCUGGACUGAGGUGGGGGUAUUAUUAAUGGCUUGGAUCAAAUGCCCAACCCCAACCAAUCACUAUGGUAAGGGAGACAGUUCCUAUUUGGUAGGGGGACAAUUCUUCAAAAGGAGAGAGUAGCCUAUACGUGGUAAAUGGGAGAACUACAGCCAAACGUGUGCCUGCUGCUCCAUUAGCAGUAAGUGGGAAUCCUUCCACGUUAUUUGUAUAUGUAUUAAAUAGUGUCUACCUGUGGGGUCCCAUCAAAGCAAUCCCAUGUCAAUGAUUUGGUUGCAAGUAAUUUUGUGGGGUCAUGAUGUAAAGAAGCAUGGUGAGGGAUAGAGAAGUGAGACAGGAAAGGGGAGAUCCAGUGAAGGUUAGCACUUUAGGCAACCGGGGCUCAAUCCCAUGGUGACCCUUUGAGAGAUGGUAGAGAAGAAACCUCAGAAUUGUCCUGCCAAAGGACAAAGAAGUUGGGAAAUGUAUGCACCAACUCAUCCCUCACGGUUGUGGGUUGCUCCUGAGACACAGCUUCCUGAACAUACUCCUACAGCUAGAGAAAACCAUGACGGGGACACAGGUUCCUGAGGGCAGAGCCCCCACUGGGUAAGGAAACUCUUCUGAAGCCACAGUUCUCUGGGAUGGGCUGAGGGGGAAUGGGCAGGACACCACCUAAUACAUGUCCAUAAAUCUCUUUACACAAACGGGAUUGUGUUACAUAUUAUUAGGUAAAAAUCAGUUUUUCAAAACUAAACGUGCUUGUUUAAACAUGCUAUGUGUAAAACUCAAACAAGGCCAGGCAUGAUGGCUCACGCCUGUAAUCCCAGCACUUUGGGAAGCCAAGGUGGGUAGAUCGCUUGAACCCAAGGGUUCUAGACCAGUCUGAGCAACAUGGCGAGACUCCGUUCCUACAAAAAAUUUAAAAAUUAGCCAGGCAUGGUGGCACAAGCCUGUGGUCCCAGCUACUUGGGAGGCUGAGGCGGGAGGAUGACCUGAGCUCAAGGAGGUCAACGCUGCAGUGAGGUGUGAUUGUACCACUGCACUCCAGCCUGGAUUGCAGAGCAAAGCCCUGUCUCAGAAACAAACAAACAAACAAGCAAACACCCUCAAACAACAUUACCCACAUCCAAAAGUGUUUUAAUGCCAGAUGGGAACACAUGGAUGACAGUAGGACUAAUGCACUCAUCACAGUUCAACAGUCCUGCAAGAACUAGUCUGCUUGUUACACUUCUCACUGGGGCACUAUCUUACUACAGUAAUUCCUCACUUAACAUUAUCAACAGAUUCUUAGAAACUGCUACUUCAAGUAGAAGAACAAAUAACAAAACCAAUUUAACCAUAAGCUAAUUGAUACAAACAGGAGUUAAGUUCCUAUGGCAGAGGCCGGGUGCAGUGGCUCAUGCCUGUAAUCCCAGCAUUUUGAGAGGCCGAGGUGGGCGGAUUACAUGAGGCCAGGAGUUCGAGACCAGCCUGGCCAACAUGGUGAAACCACAUUUCCACCAAAAAAUACAAAAAUUAGCCAGGCAUGGUGGUGCACACCUGUAAUCCCAGCUACUUGAGAGGCUGAGGAACGAGAAUCACUUGAACCCAGGAGGCAGAAGUUGCAGUGAGCCGAGAUUGUGCCACUGCACUCCAGCCUGGGUGACAGAGUGAGAACCUGUCUCAAAACAAAAAAAAAAAAAAAAAAGAAAAAGAAAAGAAAAGAAAGUUCCUAUGGCAUAUUUCAGAUCACAAAAAUAUCAGCAAGCUUCCAAAUGAAGACCAAAACACUUCUAAUAUUAAACAUUGAAAUAAAUGUGAGCUUUAUUUUAAGAAAGAUUCAUAAAAACAAGUAAGAUCAUUAUUUACUCGAGUUUUCCAGUUCAGGGUCAAGGGUGGCCGGAGCCUGUCUGGGCAGCUCAAGGCACCAAACAAGAAUCAGCCCUGGACAGGAUGCCAUCUCACAGCAGGGCGUACUCUCAUACCUACACUCACUCAGACCGCGGCCAUGACACACCAAGUCACCUCGCAGGCACAUCUGUAGGAUGUGAGAGGAAACGGGAGGACCUGGAGAAAACCACACAGAUAUGGGGAAAGAUGCACACUCCACGGACAGUGGCCCUGGCCUGGAAUUGAUUCAUUUCUUCAUCAACAUUGUAACCAAAUGACACUGAACGAAAUGAUGUUUUUUAAGGUCCUGCUGUAUAGCCAUUAGAUAUGAGUGUCUGAGUAGUUAAUGUAUAUUAAUGUAAUAUUGUCUUCAAGUGGCCUUAAACAAUUACCCUGAAAACUAAAGAUGGCUUUCUCUGAGUGAGAAAUUGGACAUUUAAGAAGAAAAUGUAAUGAUGGGUAUGAUGAGUUUGAUCAAGAACAAAAUAGCAAAUAUCUCUACCUCGGGCCAGCUCUUCAAAAUAUCAGUCUCAGUGACGAUAGCUUAUGAAGCAAUGUUCCAGAAAUGCUCGUGCAAAGCCACUCAAAGAGAAGAGAAUGAUGAUAUUGAAUUGUUCCACCUUUUUUUUUCUUAUUGCCUGGCCUCUGUGAACCUCUGUGUAAGUCACUUUUCAUGGCAAUAAAAAUUACUCAAGUCCUCAA